CAUAGCUUCGUAUAGUGUAGCCCCAGGUGUAGUCCAAGCGCUAAAGUGUAUGCGAGACGCUUCACAUCGGGGAUACAUUAUUACAAUUGAACGCCUAAUCUACAACAUAUUGAUAAAUUAGUGUGUCAAAUAUCGUUGUAGUAUUGCCAGUGUUAUUUAUGUUUUUCUCGUGAUAAAAUAUCUUAACGUCGACCAAAAUGAGUUCAGUGCGGAGUUAUGUUGUGGAGAAAGCUAAGUCGAUAUGUGAUGAACAAAUAACAGAAUUAUUUAAUGUUUGGGAAGAAACAGGCAUUAAAAAUGAAAUUUUGUCAACUUAUGGUGAUCAAGUUCUUAAUCAUCUCGUGAGUUUGAUGAAGGAUAUGGUAGAUGAAUCUAUACUUAGAAAAAAAAGUCUACUUAAAAGUGUUAAAUCACUUGCACAGACUGCGCGAAAAUUGUCAAAGGAAUUAGGUACACAUUUUGCAACUGACAGUCAUGAUGAUUUUUCAUUAUUGGAUUUAGAACUUCAUUUGAAGAAACAAGUAGAGACUUUACAACAUUUAAAAGAGCAACGCUUACAGUAUACACAAGAAUUGCUAACAAAGGAAAUUGAAAUUUGCAAAAAAUUGGGAGUUAAACCAAAUGGUUUUCAUUCUGAACUUCCUACAGCAGAUGAAAUAAAAGAGUUUGAAGCUUAUCUCAAAAAGCAAGAAACUGAAAAGAACCGAAUGACUGAAAUUUUCAAAGACACUAGACGUUCUAUAAUGAAAAUGAUGGAGGAACUUCAAAUUAAUCCAGCACUUGAUUUUGAAAGAAUGAUUUGUCAGGAUCAUAAUCAGUUCAUAUUUUCUUCAACUAACAUGACAAAAGUAAGAGAUCUAAAAGAUAGAUUAAAAGAACAAGUUGAACAAGCCAAAACCCAGGUAGAAGAAAAGAAAGAAACUUUAAUUUCAUUAUGGGAUUAUCUUGAUGAACCAAUGAAAAACCGGCAAGCCUUUUUUGAAGCUCACCAAGGUUACAGUUUGAUCACCCUAAGUGCACUCAAUGCAGAAAUAAAACGAUGCAGGCAAAAAAGGAGUGAAAAUAUUGCUAAUUAUGUUAAUAAAGUGAGAGAAGAAAUUCAAAAUCUUUGGCAACUUUGUAAAUACAGUGAUCUUCAGAAGCGAUCAUUCACAGCUAUGAAAUGUCAAACAUUUACAGAAGACUUGCUGACACUUCACGAGGAAGAGGCCCAAAAUUUACGUAAAUAUUACAAUUCAAACAGAAAAAUUUUCGAAUCAUUAAGUGAAUGGGAAGCUCAGUUUGAAAAGUUAAAACAUUUAGAUCAACGAGCUAAUGAUCCUGAUCGUUAUCAUAAUAGAGGAGGCCAGUUAUUGGCAGAAGAGAAAGAAAGAAAAACGGCAGACAAGAAACUUCCAAAAUUAGAAAACCAAUUGUAUGCUCUGGUAGAUGAAUAUGAACGUGUCAAUAAAAAAUCCUUUUUAAUCAAUGGUUAUCCAUUGAGAGAAUUUAUUCAGCACAUAAGAGAAAAUUAUGAAAUAGAAAAAGAAAACAUGAAAAUAGCCAGGAAACAAGCUAAAGAUAGAUCUGUCAGAAAGACGCCCUUAAGUACUUCAAAACGAACACCUGGCGCAAGUGUGCUUCGAAUUACACCAGCAAGUAGCAGAUUGUUACGUACCCCAGGCGGAAAUAAUAUGUCACGAGCGACUCCUGCAGCAAAAAGAAAGUUGCCUUAUGAUGUCUCUCCAAAUACUAGUGAGUGUAAGAAACGAGUUAUCCAUACUGAAAAAAACAAAGCAACAGUUCUUCACAAUAAAGUGAGAAGAAGUAGUCGUACGGCUGGAGGAGCAUUGAACGGAAGUAGCAGAGCAAAGCUAAGUAAUAAGAAAAAGAGGAAGUCCAAAAAUGAUACAAUGCUGUCGGUAUCAUCAUAUGGAAAUUUCCAAGAACAUCUUGAUGAUAGAGAUGAAUUAAGAAGUUCAGCUUUACCUGAGGAAUUAGCUAAGAGGACAGAGUCUAAAACACCAAUGAAGACGUCAAUGAAAACACCAAUUAAACCGUUGAGAAAGAAAGUGCUUGCUGUUAGCACACCGGCAAAUCCUAAUGCAACCCGCUUGCUUAGAGGAACACCUAGAUUAAUAGCUACACCUCGACUCGUUACAAUUAGAAGCUCAUCACCCGUAGAAGUUUAAUCCACUAAAAGAUUGAAAGCUUUUCUUAAUAAUAUUGUUAUAUUUAGUUAUCGCAAUUGAUAUUUUUACGUUUCGGCUAUAAGGCUAUAAUAGACUUCCAAGCAUCGCUUACUCAUGAAUGCGAUAUUUGUUAUUGAAAAUUAUGACCAAUGAUCAAAAAUUGUAUAGUAUUAUAUUUUAAUACACAUUAAAAGAGCCUGCUGCUGGGACAGUUUUAAGACCUCAUUUUUGGAUAUAAACCCGCGACUCUUACGUGUAACUGAUAUUGAAUCUUUGUAAAUGCGAUAAAAACAUUUAUGUUCUAUAAAUUUUAAGUGGAUUUGCUUACCGUUGAUAUGUGUAUGGUACGCUAUUAUAUGCUUACUUACUUAAUUUAUGUUAUUAUAGUAAGUCUUUGUACAUAGGGAAUUUCUUCUAGUUUUAAUUUUUGACUCAUAUGCAUCUGUCGUGAAUAAUAUUUCCAUUUUUAUACAAUUUAUUAUGGAUAAAGUAAUGCGCAAGAUAUUUCAGUACCUUUUUUAUAUAUUGCAAUAAAAUCAAUAAAAUUGUUAUUUGAAUUCAUAUCCUCAUUGAUAAGUUUUCUACACUUUAUUUAGUACAAUAUUAUUAAUUAAAAUAAAUACAUUUUCAAGAAAAAAAAUCGUAAAUAGAAAGUAUAAGUAAUCGACAUAUCUCAAACGACUUUAAUUUACUUUCUUCUAGACAAAACGAGUUUGACAUAUUUUCUCUCAUAUUCCAAUUACGAAAUGCAAGUUAAUCACUUGUCACAUAUUAGCAAAAAUUACUUGCUGGCUAAAGGUAAUUCGUAUAUUUUAUUUUAUAGAUCAUAAAUGUAAAGAUUACGUGAAUAUGAAGAUACAUAAA